AUAAUUAAUAAUCUUUCUUUUUGUAAGCUUCUUUCCUUUUGACAUGAGUAAAUAAAAUUCUACUUCAAAUUUUCCGCUAUUUUACCUCCUGCAUAUCGUGCGCUCCUAAUAUCGCGAACUUAGCUCUUGAAAUCUGAAUUCGCGACUCAUUUCAGUUUAUAUUAACCCCCUCUCGAGAAGCGGGAGUUUUGAAUCGGGUGACCGCCUCAUAACCUCCCCGCAAUUCCUGCUCUCCUGAUAACUUCGACGAUUUUUCGAAGGUAUCGAGAGCACGUGUUCCAGCUCUCGCCUAACCUCUUGUGCAAUUGUUAUAGAAUAAGAAGAUGAAUUCAUGUAAAUACAAAGAUAUUUCAGCAUGUUGAACGAAAUAAAAUAAUUUAUAUAAAGAUUUUGUAUAUGUAAUAGCUUCUUACUUUUCCUGCAAGUUCGAUAAAGGAUAAAAAUAGAAGGAUUUAAAAAUGUCGCCAGGAUGAGAGUCUGCAAAUCUCUUCUAAUGAGAUUUUUUUAUUAUACGUAUACGGAAUUAAAAGCUCCGUCUUAUCAAAUGUGAGACUCGUUCCCCUCCAAUCUUGGAAUCUGCGGCAACUUUCUCUACAAGGAGCCCCACUGUCAUCGUCUUCUCGAUAUAAAAGUCUCUCGUCCUUGAAGGUACUCAUCAUUCGCGUGAUCAGCGAAACUCAGGAAAAUCGCAUUCACCCACUAAUUUGCCGUGCAAUCGCAGUUACUUUCCAUACUUCAGGUGAGGGCCAGGUCCCUCGCGAGGGUCGCGAAUGCGAGGAUGGGAGCGAGCAAGUAAACGUUACGGCGUUAUCGCGUGGCGUGGAUCUCCAGCACGUUGCACCGUGAUACGUAUAAAAUGUCGACGUGAGCGAGAUUUUUGGCUCUUUGUUAGACAUACGCCGCCGUGCGAUGUUGUCGACGAUGGACCGCCGGAUCUUUAGUAAAGCGACGAUCGUCCUGGGCUGUUGCCUCUCGCUGGCGAACGCGUUCGUCAAGCCCGACGACAAUCCCGACAUUGGGCUCACGACGCCGGAAUUAGUAAUGAAAUACGGAUAUCCUUUGGAGAUCCACGAUAUUAUAACGAAGGACGGCUACGCUCUUCAAUUGCAUCGAAUACCGCGCGGUCGGGACGAUGAGGAGGAAGCAAAAUUCAAGAUAAAAACACCGAUACUCUUGGUGCAUGGUCUGGGAGGUAGCUCCGCCGAUUGGAUCCUUAUGGGUCCUGGAAAGUCUUUAGGGUAUAUAUUAGCUGAUGCGGGUUAUGAUGUAUGGCUUGGAAAUAACAGAGGCAACAUUUACUCGAGAAAUCACACUUCAUUGUCACCGACAGAUCGAGCUUUUUGGAAUUUUAGUUAUCAUGAACUUGGUAUCUACGAUCUACCUGCAAUGAUCGAUUAUGUUUUACGCGUGACGGGACACGAGAAGAUCUAUUACGGCGGUCAUUCGGAAGGUACGACACAGUUCUGGGUGAUGGCGUCGGAAAAGCCCGAGUACAAUUCGAAGAUCAUUCUGAUGAUCGGCCUGGCGCCCGCAGCUUUUUGCAGCAACAUUCGCGGACCGGUUAAGAAACUCGCUAAGUUGACGUACUUUGGCGUGUGGGUCGGCGAAACUUUCGGCUAUCCGGAAUUCCGCUCGCGGUCCGAUUGGGCAAAAUUCGUAUCGAAUCUGUUCUGCCAAAGAGCGGCGUCAACGCAAUUUAUUUGCAGCAAUAUCCUGUUUCUUGUCGCGGGAUUCAGUCGUGCGGAAUUAAAUACAGAGAAUUUGACGGUCAUCAUAGCUCAUGUGCCUGCUGGUGCUUCCUGGAAACAACUUGUACAUUACGGUCAAGGAUAUAUUAAUGCAGGACGCUUUAGACAAUACGAUUAUGGCAACGUGGACAAAAAUCUUCGGAUGUACAAUUCAACGACACCGCCGGAUUACAAAUUGGAAAAAAUCACGGCACCGAUCGCUCUUUUCAGUAGCGAUAACGAUUGGCUAGCGACUACGAAGGACGUGGAACUCUUAUCUACGAAGCUCAACAGCAUUGUGUUUCAUUACAAGACUCCUAUUAACGCCACUUUUAAUCAUUACGAUUUUAUAUGGGGAAAAUCCUCUCUGCAAAUGGUGUCACGGCCUAUUUUACAAUUGCUAGCUCAAUAUCAGUAGCGAUACUUUUUCUGGAUAAAAGAAAGGACAUCUUUUCGGUAGAAAGUUUACACGUGCGUAUAAUGAAUCGUUCUAAUUUAUUGUUGUUAUAUUAUUAGUAUUAUCAUCAUAUAAUACGUUGCGUUUACAUAUAUAGUCUGUACUUGUUUAUUUCAUUUCCAUUGCGUCAGAUUACGUGGCGUUGCAUCAAAUUCACUGCAUUGCUAAUGUAAAGUAACUUAUAUCUUCUCUUGAUUAUAAUGUCGCUCUAUGUACAUUUAUACAAAUUCCAUCGUAAUCAAUCUGCGAUCACUUGCGUAAGAAACUACAUUCGCGAUUACAAUUCGUCGCAAUCGCAUCCAGUCGCCGUAUAAUUACAAACUUAUACUCCUCUGCUAAUCGCACUUGAGCAUCGUCCGGGAAGAUACCUGAUCCACUUCAAAAAUUGUCCCGCCGGAGCGUAAAUGUGUCUAUCCUGGAAGAAAUAGACCGAAAAGUCUCGCUUUUCGCGGCUGAUGCUUUAAGCGAUCGAUCCUGAUUUAUUUCAAUGUACAUGUAAUCAGAGUUAUAUGUUACCUAUGCUAACUUACACUUUAAAUCGUUUAGCAUUACUUCUUAAUUAUCCAUGCGGGAAUAUGAACGAGCCAGUUCGCAAAUUACAGGACCAAACGAUAACUUUGUGUGGCUAAGAAUCGUCCCGCGAUACUUCAGACAAAUUUAAAACCUUAAAAUAAAUUAAUUCGAAUAAAAAAUGUAUCUCUUUAUAUGUCUUUUCUUAUUUUAAUUUCAUGUAUUUGGAUCGGAAUGAAAAGGAAUCAAUCACACUUGAGAGAGUCGCUCGCGGAACUGGCUCUGCGUAAUGUAGAUAUAAUAAUGUACAUAGUUGUAUGUUGCAUGAUAUGUAUUAGUUUAUGUUAGAAUAGAUCGGAUGGAUAGAUCGGGAAGCUUCCCGCGUAUGAUUCGUAUGAAAAUUUAUGAAUCGCAUCCAAUCGCGGCGAAGUCCCAUUUAUCACGACUGCGAAUAAACACGACUUCAUUGCCGUCGAUGCACGCGCAUUGUUACGCCUGCAUGAUAGUAUGCCGAUGAAAAAUUGCGCAUAAACCAUAAUUGAUACUUGAGCUCAUGUGUUGGCCACUCGAGGUUUACCUAAAACGCAUCUAUCCGCAUGUCUCAAUAAAAACACACUUAAUUACAAUUUAAUUUCUAUAAAAUUCGACGACACAUAAAUAUAAUUUUGCUGAGGCACGUAUCACCUCAUAAAUAUUAUAACAAUUAUAAUUUGACAUUUUCAUUUUAACGAGACAAUCUCACGAAGAAUUUGCAAACAUCAAGGCUACAUAUCAAUAGAAUUAAAACUAAUGUGCACCUCUUCCACCACCACGCAAAACUUGACUAAUACAUUUUGAUAAAAAAAAAAAUAUGUAAAUUACAUUCGUAAAAAAGCAGAAAGAAAAAAAUUUUAGAAUUUUUGGAUUCAAUACUGUUUUUAGAGCAUUUUCUAUGUUACAAUUUCUUUAAAUCGUUAUUAAAAUGCAAGUUUAAAAUGAACAUAGAAAUAUGAAAUAGAACUAAAAAUAUGUAAAAGGUAAAAACUAAAAGAUGUUAAAAAAGCGAAGAAUGGAUGAAGAUUCCUUGAUACAAAAUUACACUUCUUUGCACACGUACGAGAAGCGAGCAAAGCAAAGCCGCGUUCGUGGUGGAGCGAGAGGUAACUGAUUAAUUCCUUUACACGUAGGGAUUGUUUUAUUCAUAACACUUCAAAAGGAACAGAAUCACAUAUCUUCCAUGGAGCCAUGAACAUAUUAAUCGCAGCUACAGGGAUGGUAGCCCGUCAUGCGUUCGCAUGAUGCAUGGGAUGCACUUUGAGAAGCAAUAUAAUUCCCAUCCGGAAAACGCAAGUCAAGCCUUAUAAAAAUACUAUCAACGGCAAUAUAUAUGUAUAAUAACGUAUACAACUUUUAAAUAUACUCGGCAAUUAUUAAUAAUUAUGAGGCCAUCGUUAAUACGUCGAUAACAUAUGCGCGGCCACUUUGUCGUCGUGGACGAAGAAAGGCACGCGUAUAAUCGAUUCUCGUUAAGUCUGCGAAACGAGAUACGAUUAUUCCGCCUAUUCUCCUAGAUCUUUCUCCUGGCUUGACUGUGAGGGCAUAGAAUGUACCUCGUUAAUAUUUUUCAUUUAACUUGUGUAACAAAUCCUAAAGUAUAAGCGUCCCUUCUGCUUUUUGAUAUCUUGUACUCUAUAACAAUUAAAUGCAACCACUCUUCAAUUUUAUCUAUAAAUAUUAUAUAUUUUUAUAAUUUUAAUUAUAAUAAUCUUACUGUAUCUUUUCAACAUUGAAAUAAAAACAGUCUUAAUAUCGCCAAAUUACAAGCAGAAAUAAUACGUUAUAACAUACUAUGUUAGAAUUUCAAUUUCUCAGUAAAUACAUAUAUAGAUAACGCAUACGGUAAAAUAUUUUCUUUAAUAAAACGUCCACAAAAUACGAUCAAGCAAUAUUGUACUUGCAAUAUAAACAAAUAACACGUGUAUUGCAAUUAAAUGUAAAUUAAUUUGGAGUAAAAAGUAUGUAAGGCAAAGUAAGAAAAAUGAAUACGGAAGAUUUAUUAGAAAGAAGGUGGGGGUCGUAUAGAUUACGCUCCGUAAAUUCACAUAAUCACACGACAAACUGAGCAUUAGAAGUGAUGUGUAUUCGAAAUUAUUGUACUAUAAUGUCACUAUCGGUUUUCAUAGUUAAUUAAUAUAUUACAAAUACCUACAGCUCCGAUAUAUAUAUUUUUUCUCACAAACUUUUCUGUUAUAUUAUCCAGUACGCAUAUCUGUAUUUUUUUGACACUAUGUACAUGCAUAAAUAUAUUAUAUACACAUUAAGAGUACACAUAGCAGGAUGUUUUAAGAAAAAAAUAAUCAAGAAAGAAACAAGAAAAAAAUUUUGUUAUACUGUGUAAUGUGACAUUAUAAAAAUGAAUUGGACAAAAAUAUAAAAAUCAUAUUAUGACGUCAAAAAGAAAAAUUAUACCUAUAGUCAUUAUCUUAGAAUGCCGAUGUGUAUAUUCAAAUCCAGCAUUUAGAUUGACAAACAUAAAAAAAAAAGAAAAAAAAGAAAAAAAAGAAAAACAUGAAUCUCAAUUCCUAGAAAUAUUUUUAAAAAUUACCUGAUAGUAUAUCGUCCAAUAAACUUGACAUUAUUAAUUGAUAAUAAACUCUUAGUCGUAAAACGUUCGCCUCAUUUUUUUUCUCUUCCUUCUUUCAUGAUCUAUAAAAAGAUCGUAUAUACCAGGAAG